AUGGGCUUGUCUUACGUGCCUGAUUAUUCGCAGGCAGCUUUUACCUGUUUGAUCGCGGCAGAUGGAGAAUGUACGGAUUACCUGCGUUUACCGCAUCUGAUGAAGCGCAAGAACAGUUAUCGCGAAGGCGAGAAGACGCUGAAGGAGGCCGAUUUACUAGCAUUAAAGAACUUUAUAGCCACGAAAAAGCCACAU